AUGAAAAAUUUAUGGAGGCGUUUAAAGCCCAAAUAUAUCCACCCAAAAGAAUACACUGAAUUGCGAAGUAUCUAUAAAUACUAUAUCGAUACGUAUAAUGUGCUGUAUCAGUUAAAAACGGAAAAUGAAGAAGAAUUAAACUCUAUUUACAAAAUUAUCAAAACAGAACUCAUUGAUUCAAGAGUUUGUUCCCCAACAAGUAUUGUCAAAGAUAUUUUUCGCAUCAUCACAUUCAAUAACCGCUUUACAAACUCAUAUUUGACUCUUGCCAAAUUCAUUACUGAUGAUUAUCAUUUAACACAGAUCGACGGUAAUGGUUUUCUUCCUGACUUCCUGUUUUAUAAAAAAUAUAGAAUUAAAUUAAACAACCAUAUUGAUUACAAAAAUGAUUUAACAAAUAUCGAUAUUCAUACAGAAAAUACCAUUUACAAUGCAAUUAUGUAUAAUGACCUAGAAAGAUUCAUCUUUUUUACGGAAAGAGAAGGAUUUGAUAAAGAUCAAAAAAUUUUAAACAGUUUAUAUCCAUAUAAUUGUGAAUAUUCAUUACUUGAAUUAUGUUGUUAUCAUGGAGCUGUUGAUUGUUUCAAGUUAUUAAGAACGAAAUUUAAAUCCGAAAUAACUCAAAAAUGUUUAGAAUUUUCAUUUUUAGGAGGAAAUGCAGAGAUCAUGAGUGAAUGUUUGAAAUAUCAAACACCAAAUGGAACAUGCAUGAUGUUUGCAAUUAUCUCACACAACAUUGAUUUUGUUACGUUCUUGAUGAAUGAAUACAAUAUAGAGAUCGAUUUAUUCAAUUGCGAAAUAUACAAAAAUCUUGAAGCAUUUUUAGUUUAUUUGGAUCAAACUAAAGAUGCUAAAAAUGCUUAUUUUACUCCCCGAUAUUUAAUAUUCAAUCCUUUUGCAAAUACAUCCUUUCUCUUGGUGCAAAUAUCAAUGAAAAAUAUGAUCUUGGAAGAACAGCUCUUCAUAAAGCAGCAGAAAAUAAUUGUAAAGAAAUAG